AUGCAGUCCAUAAAGGAGGGCUACGCCUUUUUCAUUCUCUACCUAUCGCACAUCCUUUGGGCGUCGUACUUAGUCUGGGCCUUCGUGUUCGAUGACUUCUUGAACUUCUUGUCCUUCCCGUUCCCUUCCAAGUACUGGGCGGCCAUCAUCCCGUGUGCUAUCAUCUUCACCUCCUUCUGCUUCGUUCUCUUUACCAUUAUUUACUCGUUCGUGAAGACGGAACCACCGACCUCGAUGCACCUUGUAGAAGAUGACCACUCCGUUUUCGAGGACAAAAUGACGGAGGGCUCCCUAAAUCGCAUGAAUGACUUAAGGAUUGAGCAGCUGAACAAACUGCUGUAUGACACGUCCCUUUACUUUGAGUAG